CCAAUUGCACAAACAAACCACUCCUAUAGUCCUAUGCCACUCACUCAUUGGCCUUCAUAAUCCAUUUUGCUUACUCAAAACAACUCUCCACACCUUUCAUUUCUUGCUGGGUUUUUCUCAUUGGCCAAGUUUAAUCAUUGGGAAAUGAUAGAGUAGAAGGAGAAGAAGAAGAAAUGCUCUCUUCAGCCCCAUUUGCCCAUCCUAUCUCCAUAUCCAUAUCCAUAUCCUUUGCUCCCACAAUUCCUAACCCUGUAACAAUUGGAGUAAGAUUAAAGCACGAAGCUUUACAACUCACUCACUCCUUAUCUUCAUCCACAAACCAAUCUGUUCUUACCCAAGAAGAAAACAAUUCUGGGGUUUACUAUGAUAGUCUCAGAGUUUUGGAAUGGGACAAGCUUUGCGAUUGUGUUGCCUCUUUUGCUCGUACUUCCUUGGGUCGUGAAGCCACCAAGGCAAAGCUUUGGUCUUUGAAUCAAAAUUACCAUGAAAGUUUGAGGCUUUUGGAUGAAACAAAUGCAGCCGUUGAAAUGCUUAAGCAUGGUGGUUGUUCUUUGGAUUUCACCGGCGUUGAUGUUCUUCUGGUUCAAUCUGCUAUCCAACGUGCUCGAAGGAGCUCACUAGUGGAAGGCAAUGAAGCAAUGGCUGUCGUCUCUCUCUUACAAUAUGCCGAUGCUCUACAACAUAACUUGAAACUAGCUCUGAAGGAAGAUGCAGAUUGGUAUAGGCGUUUCAUGCCUUUGACAGAAGUAAUAAUGGAAUUUGUCAUAAAUCGGUCAUUAGUUAAGUUGAUACAGCAAAUUAUAGAUGAAGAUGGCUCUGUGAAAGACUCUGCGAGCCCCAACCUAAAGCGAUCACGAGAUCAAGUUCGGACACUAGAAAGAAGGGUAUAUCAGUUAGUGGACAGCCUAAUCAGAAAUGAAAGGAAUGAUUCGUCUUUAAUGGAAGUGUGUAACAUUGAAGGAAGGUGGUGCAUAAAAUCAAGCUCUGACCGUAUGACAAGUUUCAAGGGUCUAUUGUUGACGAGUAAUUCAGGCGUUGGAAGUAUUGUAGAGCCACUCCCUGCUGUGUCUUUAAAUGAUGAGUUGCAACAAGCGAGGGCGUCAGUGGCAAAAGCCGAGGCAGAUGCACUUUCAAUGCUCGCAACAAAGAUGCAAAACGAUCUAGAUGAUAUCGAGUUGCUCUUGAAUAGCAUCAUUAAACUAGAUGUGGUCAAUGCUCGGGCAACCUAUGGUAUGUCAUAUGGUGGUUCAUGCCCCGAUCUGUCUCCACCAAGAGAUGGUGGUUCAGAAAGCAAAGAUUCAAACAAUUUAUCGACCUAUAAGAGGGACUGGAUCUUGUAUAUGCCGAAAGCUUACCAUCCAUUACUACUCCAUAAACACAAGCAAAAUCUAAGGAAGGCGAGGAGAGAGUCCAAGAAAGCUUCUGAGAUUGCUGCACUUGAGCAAGCUCGGCCAGUUCCAGUCGAUUUUUUUAUAGCACAGAAAACUCGAGUUUUGGUUAUAACUGGUCCUAAUACUGGGGGUAAAACUAUUUGCUUAAAGACAAUUGGAUUGGCUGUUCUGAUGGCAAAAUCAGGACUUCAUGUUUUAUCUUCUGAAUCUGUACGAAUCCCUUGGUUCGAUUCUGUUUUUGCUGACAUUGGUGACGAACAGUCCUUGACUCAAUCAUUAUCCACCUUCUCAGGCCAUUUGAAACAAAUAAGUGAGAUUCAAUCACAGGCUACUAGUCAUUCAUUAGUGCUAUUAGAUGAGGUUGGUGCUGGAACAAAUCCCCUAGAAGGAGCAGCUUUAGGAAUGUCACUGCUAGAAUCUUUUGCUGAAACCGGUGUUCUGUUAACUAUAGCUACGACUCAUCACGGGGAACUUAAAACCUUGAAAUACAGUAAUGAUGCCUUUGAAAACGCAUGUAUGGAGUUUGAUGAAGUGAACCUUAAGCCAACUUACAAGAUUCUUUGGGGAGUACCAGGGCGUUCAAAUGCAAUCAAUAUAGCCGAAAGGUUAGGACUAUCAAGUAUUGUAGUAGAAAAGGCCCGUGAACUGUAUGGUGCCGCGAGUGCAGAGAUUGAUGAGAUUAUACUCGAUAUGGAAAAGUUAAAGCAAGAAUAUCAAGAGCUUUUAGAUGAAACACAGCAUCAUCUGAUGCUCUCACGGGAUCUUUACGAAAAGCUUUUAGUAGCGAGAAGGAAGAUCAUGAAACACAGCGCAGAGCAAAGGUUCAGAAAAAUGCGUGUAAUAUCCGAGGCUGCCUCCAAGGCACGCUCUAUCAUUCACAAGAAUGUUCGCCAGCAGCGUGCAUCUGCAACUCGAGCCCCCUUAAACAUACAGAAAAAUACAACAGAUAAAGAAAGCAACCAUAAGAAGGCUAUUAACUCGGGAAACACUUCUUCUGCAGCGAAUAUGAAAUCGUCUUCUGCUGCUGUAGAUGUCAAGCAAUCACCACCAAUAGGAAAAUCUAAGCCUCCUAAGGUUGGUGACAUGGUACAUAUCCUUUCCUUGAGAAAGAAAGGGACAGUUCUAAAAGUGGAUUCUUUUAAGGAAGAGCUUUUAGUUCAAGCUGGUAAUUUGAAGUUGAAAUUGAAAUUGAUAGAUGUUGAAACAUGAUUAGGAACUGAUUUGUGCAAAUGAAAUAGUGUGAUUAGUGUUAAUUAUUGUCUUAUAGUGACACCAUUGUUUAGAAAAUCUUAAUGAUAAAAAUAUAUAUAAUAAUAAUAGCACAUAUAAAUUCUUGAACAUGGA